ACCACGAACCGGGGAUAGUAUAAAAUUGAGCGCAGAUGCGUUACCAAUUAUCAGUGUGGCAGUGUCUCGUGGAUCACAAACAGCACGCAGCCAACAAUGAAGGUCUUACUAGUACUAUGUGCACUUGCAGUGUGCACAUCAGCCACUCUCGACAAGCUUUUCAAGAAAAAGGACUUCGACAUCAGUGAGCUUUUCGAUGGCCUGUUCGAAAAGGAGAAACAUCAUGGACCUCCGCCACGUCCAGUGUACGGGCCUCCGCCAGUACAUCAUGGGCCUCCACCGCCAGUGUACGGGCCUCCGCCAGUACAUCAUGCGCCUCCACCGCCAGUGUACGGACCACCACCCGCACCAGUCUACGGACCCCCACCAGUACAUCAUGCGCCUCCUCCUCCACCGCCGCCCCCACCGCGGCCAGUGUACGGGCCGCCUGCCCCGGUGUAUCAUGCACCACCGCCGCCACCACCACGCCCAGUCUACGGACCUCCGCCAGUACAUCAUGCGCCUCCACCACCGCCGCGUCCAGUGUACGGGCCACCCGCUCAGGUAUACCAUGCACCGCCGCCACCGCCGCCACCGCCGCCACCACGCCCAGUCUAUGGACCUCCGCCAGUACAUCGUGCGCCCCCACCGCCACCACCACCACCACCGCGCCCAGCGUACGGUCCACCUGCCCAGGUCUACCAUGCCCCACCACCUCCGCCCGUUCCUGUCUACAGUGCACCAGCGCCCGUUCCUGUCUACAGUGCGCCAGCGCCCGUUCCAGUAUAUCAGGCUCCAGUGUACAGUGCUCCUGCACCACCUCCGCCACCCCCACCACCCCCACCACCAGUACCAGUAUACAGUGCUCCGCAUCCCGAACCAAUCCAGCUACUGCCGCUGCAAAACAAUCCUGUUAGCUUUUCUGGAGCUAGCUCAGCUUCAGUUGCUGUCGGCUCCGUUACUGAUGAUGGCUAUCACUACGGCGUUGGUCAUGGUCGCUAAUACCGCUAGUACAUUUCAACUAAAUCUUUUCAUCCUUUCUUGCCCUCUGCCCAACUCCGCCACUAUUUCAUCUUUUCCCUUCCUGUUAGACAGCCUGAAAAGGAAACAAAUCCGCCCGUGGAUUGCACAAUACCAAAAGUAUGUUUUAUUUUGCUGAAUGUCUCAUGGAACCUGCAGCGUCAAUUAGAGCAGGAUCAAUGCUGUCUAGAGCAUGGUCAUAUUCCUGUUUUCGAACUGUGCACCCGUAAAUACUCUGUGCAACAAUAACAACAAAAAAAAGUCACAUAAUAUUGUGACCGAUCAGAACCGGAAUCACCGGAACAAUAACCGUGGAUAGAACAGAAAUUUCAGCAGAAUAAUAGCCAAGUUAACAGUCUAAACAAAGUCACAAAAUGACCGGUCACUAGUGUGGUGCUUUGAAAAAAAAAAAACAAAUGUACAAAUAUAAAAAUGCGUCCUUAAUCCUCGUGAGGCUACACCCGCAUGAAAGAUGAAAGUGAUAAUUUCAGUCUUCACUUCGAUAAGCUCAAUCGUGGUAGUACCGAUCACCGGAUACCAUAUGCCAUAACAUUGCGUUUCAAGCGGCAUGCUACAUGUACUGAAUUCAGUUUCUAAUAAAUAAAAAGGAAUAUUUUAUUCAGUGUUAAUCACUUAA